UUCCCUGUUGUUCCUGUGUUCAGUCUUCAAGGGUCCAGGCUGUGGACCCUGUUCUGUGGCAUGAGUUUGUAUGGAACAUGGUUGACUGAUGAACACAGAGGAACUUGUAGAAGAAAAGAAAUAUCAUGGCGUUUUGCUACCAUGUACGGKCUGAAGACAGAGUGAAGUGAAUAAGCUAAUCCAAAGGUAAAUGAGGAACUUAAGAAAAGAUUGCCAACUCCAAAUCAACACAGUUACGCAGAAUUGAAAAAGCAGCAGCAUACAGCUUCAUUUGAGGACUUCUGUAAGGAACUCCAUGUUCUGUGAUAUGAGCUCUGAAAUCUUGGAGCAAAAACUGGAGUCAAUGCCAGAUCAAACAAGUUCAGAAGAACAAAUGGAGGACUGGUCAAAAGAAAUACAUGUUCUGGAACAGAAAAGAGAAGACUUUGCUGCAUUUGAAUUUCAUCAAAAUUAUUCAAAACAAGCAGAAUUUUUCACCCAGGCAGAAGCUGAAGCCCUGYAUCUUUCACAUUUGCCAGUAGCAAGUCUAAGUGGAGGAUCCUCAAAAGUGUGUGGUGGUUAUAAUGCCAGUCCAGAAGAGUCAAGCUCUGUGGGAAGAAAGAGUGAAAAGAUGCUCCCUAACUUUAUAGCUUCAUGGAAAGAUGCUGCAGGCAUAGGUGGAAAGACAGAAACUGCAUUCCUCUUAAAAGAAUUGGACUCUCUAAGGGCCAAAAAUACAAAGCUUCAAGAGGAGCUGUCUGAAAAGGAGAAGGAGCUGAAGACAAUAAAACUAGACUUAGAACUGCGAGACAGAGCUACAGAAGCCAAGAUUGCAGAGAAGAUUGCAGCUCUGGUGGAAGAAGUUUAUUCUGCUCAACGAGAACGUGAUGAGGCUGUCAUGGCAAGGCUUAGAUUAGCUAAUGAAGAGAGAGAUGAAGCAUUUCUACGAGUGCGGCAUUUAGAACAGUCACUCAAAGAGCUAGAAAAUAUUAACCCUGAAGAAAAUGACAUGACAUUACAGGAAUUACUGAACAGAAUAAACAAUGCAGACACUGGCAUAGAUAUACUGAAGAAUGGAGCUAUAAUUCUGAAUCGAAUACACAGGACCAAAGAACGUAAAAAGAAAAUAGUAGCUGAAGAAAUGAAUGCAGUGAUAGAGCAACGUGAUGCUGCUUUGUCUCAAUGCAAACGGCUGGAGCAGGAGCUUCAUCAUCUGAAAGAGCAGAACCAGACUUCAGCAAACAACACGAGACAUCUGACUGCUGAAAACAAUCAAGAACGUGCUCUGAAGGCAGAAUUGAUAAACUUGCAACAAGAAAAAGAGGCUGUUCUUCAGCAGUGCAAAAAACUAGAAGAAGAAAUCCAGACAUUGCGUAUUUAUUACAGCUUGCAUGAGUCCAUGUCUCAAAGAAUGAGCCUGAAAGAUCAGCUUACCUGCACUUUUGGUGCUUCUGAAAGUGGUCUGAAAAGCAGGGAGGACACUGUGACCCUCCURUAUCGCCAGGUGGAAGAACUGAGAGCCCAACUGCAGCGAGCCCAGUUGCAGCAGAAGGACACGGAACUGGAGCUUCAGAAAGCCCUGGAGGCUUCACGGGAGGCUGAUGACAAAAUUCAGAAGUUGGAAAGACUGGUGGACGUCCUGAGGAAGAAGGUUGGUGCGGGGACCAUUAGGACCGUGAUCUGAUUGAAAGCUCCAGUCUAAGGAAGCAUUCACAUCUGGUGACCAGGCUGCUUCAUUCAGCGCUGUGUAAACACUAAAGCCUUAACUUAGCAAACAGUUGUUAGAAGUGGGACACUCCAGCGACAUUCCAAGCUGAGAUAAAAUCAAAUCAUAAAUGUUUAACUACUUUGCUGCUGAGUUCUGUGAUUUGUCAAAAUAUUUCACUGCAACAUAUAUUUGUUUUUAAGCAGAUGCAUUGUGGCACUAUGCGCUGUGAAAAAUGAUGUGGAUGCUUUUUCUAUCAGUCUGUUUGUUGUCUCACUGUUGCUAGACUGUAGUCUGCUGCAGGACACAGCCUGAUCAUAUUUUCGUGCUUCGGGUGCAAAAUCCUGCAAAGCAGUUUCCAAUUUUAAAUCUCUGAUGUUAUUUCUAAGCCUGUUAACUAAGCAGUAUUUGUAUAUUAACUAUAUUAAUUGAUAAAGUAGGUUCACAUUCAAAAAUAUCUCUGAUUACUAUCUUGGAUUUUUUUCCCCUCACUCUUAGCAGUUAUGGCUAAUAGCUACAGCUGUAUCUGGAGGAACAGGUUCAUAUAUUGCUGUGUGAAAGCUUCAUAACAUUAUACAGUAUCUCAAUCAGUAGACAUUUUUCUGAAUUGCUGUUGAUCUGUCCUUUCCUGUGAGAUAAAAUCUCUCACUUACUCAAGAUCCAUCUUAUAGAAUCAGAACUCAUGUUUCCAGUGUAAAAUGUGUUUCUUACCCCUUUCCUACAAGAGUUUCUUCUAAGUGGAAACUAGUACUUUUGACUCAGCAGCAGCAUCUAGGCUGAAUCUGAAGCCACACUACAAACUCCCCAAUUUGUUUAUUCCUCAAGUGCCCUCAGAGUGAACUGUAAGGCUGUUCAGGCGACAAGAAGGGGGGAAAACAGAAGGGUAAAGAGAAAAAAAUCAGGUACACCUGUGUUCUAGACCUUGCAGACACAGCCAGAGUUAGCCAUAGAGCUAUAUAUGUGACCUCCAUASGUACACCUCCAUGUUUUCUACUUGUUUGUGGCACAUGAUUGAAGUAGAGAGGUCAGCUCAGUGCUCUGAAGUGCCAUGCUCAAGAAAGGCAAGYGUGAACUCUAAGCAGCUCAAAUUCAGUACUGACUUUCUGAAACACAAUGGGCUUUUAACUACCCCUAGGAUAGCCAGCUUAAGCA